AAAGAAAAUGUGAUGUAAUAUGAAAAAAAAUACGGGCAUUAUAAUCCUGUACAGUAACUGGAAACAUUAAGGUUUAUAAACACGAGAAAAGCGUAAUUACAUAAGUACAGUCCCGGGGUAAAGACUGCCUGCAAUAAUGUUUACAGUGUGUUAUACAAAAUGCUGCAGGUCGUGUAAGGAGACCGUGAAGGAGGAAUAACUGCUCUCUAUAGGCCUACUGCGUGUUUGCAAGGCGGGUGAGGGAGGGCUACCCCAGGACGGCCCAAGACAGGUGUGGAGGCUUAGGUGUGGCGUCCUGACAGGUGUGAGCUAGUACAUGUGCUGAGUGACAGAGCAUGGGCAAGGCGGCGUCCUCGCUGGGCUACAAGGCGACCAAGCCGCUGCGGGAGUACAACCUGGAGCAGCGGGUGGCCAAAGAGCUGAGCCGGGAGAAGCGACCCGCGGCACCGAGGCACCAGACCACCGCAGCACUCUUUGAGGAGGCCGUCAGGGGUCAGUCCCAGGAGGUCAAGAGCAGGCUGCAGGAGAAGGACAGCGAUCUGCAUGACCGACUCAAGAGUGUGUAUGUGACUUCCCAGGAUGUGAUGCUGCCGCACACAGCCAUCAAGGACAACCCAGACCGCCCGCUGCCCAUGGACAGAUCAGUCAUCAUUGACCCGGAGUUUGGGUUUAUUGAGCCCAAGUCGGUGCCAUACGGGAAGAUGACACUACGGCGGGCAGUGGAGGCCAUCACCCGGCACCAGGAGGACCCUGUGUUGUGGACAGCGCGGCGCUUGGCCAUUGAACACAAACUGAGCGUCGAACUCACUGAGAAGAUGCUGAAAUACUUCCAAACGUUCGUGCUGGUGGUGCCUCCAAACCCCAAGGCAAAGCUUGCUUCCAACUCUCUCCUCCGCACCCCCCUCGCUGCCCCACACCACUCCAUCAGGCAGCUGCCAGCAGGGGACGAGGCAGAGCAGGACCCCAAGGGCAAGAACAAGGCCAAGAGCUGAUGACGGAGGGGUUAUAGCUUGGGAAACACUAUGAUGGGAUAGAUUUUGUUUAUUCCCCCCCCACUCUCUCUCUCUCUCUCUCUCUCUCUCUCUCUCUCUCUCUCUCUCUCUCUCUCUCUCUCUCUCUCUCUCUCUCUCUCUCUCUCUCUCUCCUGCCUUAUUUCCAUUUUCUUGUACUUUGUGAUGAGCAAUAUUUUCUGUCUUCAUUUCCAUUUUCUCACUUUUUUCCCAGUUAAGUAAAUCAGUUUUCACUUUUUCUCUGCACUUUCACUUUCAUAUUUUUCUUUUUCCAGUUGUCAGUCUGUUGUUUAUCACUGUUUGCAGCUAAGAGUUUUUAUCAGUUUGUUUAGUUGGAGAAUGUUUUUAUUUUCAUUAUUUGCAGCCAAGAUUCUCAAUUAAUUGUCUUCAUUUUCAUUAUUUUGUUAAAAUUCUUAAUUCUUGUUUUACCUAGAAAUAUUGUCUUCAUUACCAUUAUUUGCAGCCAAGAUUCAUGAUUGACUUCUAUUUUUGCAGAGAAAUUUUGUUUAUUACUAUUACUUACUGCAAGGUUUCAGAUUGGCUUCCAUUUUCCAUCUCAGUCAUUCUUGCAGCCCUGAUUCUUGUUGCUCCUACACUUGGAACUUUCUCUGAGGACUGGUGUCUUUGGUGAGGUGUCCAUUAUGCAAGGAAGAGGGAGGGAGGGAGGGAGGAGGAGUGCCAUAAACAAAUAGUUGUGGGGACAUCAGACAUCUUGCCACAUGGGGUAAAGGGAGAGAAAGACAAGUUCAUGCGUCUUUCUCUCUUCCGACCCUCACCGUGGUGGUACUGGUGUCUGUUUUCAGUGUCAGAGGUGGAUGUUGUGGUGCUUCAUUCAAGACUCCUCAAGUCAUGAUGGAAAAUUGAGAAUUUAAUGUGUUGGUAGUGACCAAAGUAGUGUGUAGUAAUUGAUUUUAAUUGAGUUUUUGACUUAUAAAUAACAUGUAACAUCCAUCCACUGGGGAUAAUGUUAAAGUAAUUCCCUCCCUUAUAUAAUUGGUUUUCAAAGUAAUAACAAAAACAACAAUAAUUUAAAUCAAUAAUGGUCAUCUCAACUCAUCUUGCAAGGUUUUUUAUCGUUUAUUUAUUACACGUUAUUGUUAGUAUACAUUGUAAAUAUGUAACAAAAAAGUGUAUUGGUUAUGUAUAUAUAUAUAUAGAUUCUUUUUACAUAACAUGAUA